AUGAGUGCAAACCCGGAGAUCAACCUCCCGAGAGACUCUGAGCUCGGAGAGUGCGCAGAUUCUGAAAGCCAAGCGGGAAUAAGCAUAUUGCCGGGUAUGCGCAGGCCUUCCGCAGAGGAACCGAGGGAUCGAAAUUCCACAGCGGAACCAGAUAACGACCCAGAGACAGACUCCCAUUAUGGAAAACAAAGCACCAGUAGCGAGUUCAUACCGCAAGAGAACGUGCAGGACUCGGAAAUUGUUUGGCGUUAUCUCACAUUCGACACCGAACUCCCACACGCGACCACGAUAUAUUCGACUCAAACCGACCAAGAAGCGCCACCUGAACCUCCGAACCUCGUCAAAUACACAAACCCUUUCGACUGGUCAGAGACAAGAAAGAGAUUCACGAUAUGUGUCUCAUGCAUCAUCACCGCUCUCACAGCGUUCUCGGCUGGCGCUUACAGCCCCGGCGUUGAGCAGAUGACGCAGGAAUGGGGUGUCAGCAGUGUUGCAGCGCUGGUCGGCAUCACGACCUUCACCACAGGAUUCGCUAUCGCGCCGAUGGUUCUUGCCCCGUUUUCUGAGAUCAACGGUCGCCGGCCAGUCUUCCUCGCUUCAGGCAUUUUAUUCGUCAUCUGCCAGCUCUGCUCUGGCCUCACACAGUCAUAUGCUGGCAUGCUCGUCGCGCGCUUCUUCUUGGGCGUGGGCGGAUCUACCUUCUCCACUAUGGUUGGUGGCGUGGUCUCAGACAUCUACCAUGCUGAGGAUCGGAACACACCCAUGGCUCUCUUCUCGGGUGCUGCUCUGUUUGGUACUUCAUGGGGACCUUUAGUAUGUGGCUUCAUCGCGCAGAACACAACUUGGAGGUGGAUCUUCUACGUACAGGCCAUUUCAUGCGGGGCGGUGGUCGUGCUGAUAUGUGUCGUAUUCAAGGAGACCCGCGGCUCGGUUCUCCUGUCCAGGAAAGCCAAAGCUUUGAACAAGUGGUAUGAGGCAUGCGAGCAAUCCGGCUAUUACGGCUUUAAUGUCAACAACACCGAAAAGCCAGGAUCCAUGGAAUCGCUGCGUUUGAGGUGGAAGGUGCGAUCUGAUGAAGAACGAGCUUCGCUUGGCAAGAUGAUAGGAGUUUCUCUCUACCGCCCAUUCCAUCUUCUCUUCACCGAACCUGUUGUGUUCUGGUUCUCCCUCUGGGUAGCCUUCUCCUGGGCUGUUCUCUACCUCACGUUGGCAGCAAUCCCGCUAGUAUUCCAAAACAACCAUGGCUUCUCGCUACAACAAGCCAACGCGGUCUUCGCGUCGAUGGGAAUCGCCAGUAUCCUGUCGACCAUACUAUCUAUUUAUCAAGAGAAAAUCGCAAAGAAGAGCGGGAAGUUGACCGGCACGCCAGAAGGUCGCCUUUACUUCGCUUGCAUAGAAAGCGCUUGCAUGCCCAUCGGCCUCUUCAUGUUCGGAUGGACAAGCUUCCCCGAGAUACAUUGGGUUGUACCCGCAAUUGCGAUUGGUAUCGCUACCGUUGGCAUCUUCAGCAUCUACCUGGCGACCUUCAAUUACCUCGCAGACACGUAUCAUCGCUAUGCGAGUUCGGCACUGGCGGCGCAGUCUUUCUGCCGGAAUAUGCUUGGUGGCAUAUUCCCACUCAUCACGACCCAAAUGUAUAACAAGCUUGGGUAUGGUCCUGCGAGCAGUCUGCUUGGCGGAAUUGGCGCGUUGUUGACCAUUGUGCCGUGGAUUCUGGUGUUCUACGGACCUAGGAUUAGAGCAAGGAUGGCACUCACACGGUUCAAGCGCACAUUACCUUAUGCGCGAGCUUCUGUACGAGAGCUCACACAUACUCUCCGUUUCCCGCCGGCUCAUGCAGAGCUGUAUGAUGGACCGCACGCAGAAUGGCUUCGAGACUGUUUGGAACACCUACCUCGUCUGCAGUGCCUGAUUGUGGACGGCCUGCCCUUCUUCGAUCACGCAUGUCUUCUGAGCCUGCGACACUCAAGCCUACAAUGGAGGUUGACUCGCCCCAACGCAUAUCCGGUGUUCAGCCUACGCCUACUAGAUGCUUCCAGCUGUACAAAUGCUACAUCGAUGGGCCUUGCAGAAGCUUUACCGCACUUUCCAGAUCUUGUCUCGCUGGAUCUAUCAAAGACUGCAGCCGCGAGAGACAACGCGGUUCUUUCCACCUUCAAGUACCUCCGAAAUCUGCGCGUGCUGAAUCUUCGCGGAAUUGGCAUCAGGGAUGAGGAGUUCUCAGUAGUUGCGCAUGCAAUCAGCAGCCGCGUCAGAAGCCUUGAUAUCAGCAACAACCUUUUGACGGACACUAGCGUGCGACUCCUUCUUGAACUGUGCUUGAAAGAGAGGGUUGUUGUGACGCAUUCUUCUCGUGGACCACUGGCGCCUGUCGAGAACGCCAACCCAACCGAUGGACCAGAGACCUUUGAAUCUGAAAACCUCGUGGGCCAUCUUCGCAAGAAGCUUACAGGCGGCUUCAUCGGCAGUCUAAGCAUUGAGGAGUCGAGCGAUGUCGGAGUUUCGCACUUGUAUCUCUCCAGUAAUGUAAUAACUGUUGAAGGUAUAUCGGCUUUGCUGCGAUCAAGACGCUUGCAAGUCCUAGAUGUGGGUAUACUACCCGCUGUAGUGACGUAUCCGUCUAACCUCACGCUCGAAACACCGAAUGAUGACUUGGAACUACCUAGCGUAUCAAAACUUACUCCAAUACUUGCAGAGUAUGCUUCAUCUAGACUGCGAUACUUGCGGAUCAACUACGAGUUGGUAACAGAAGACGCCCCUUUGGAAACGCCCAAUUCGCCGCGCGCGGAACUCACUGGGGACCUCGCUAUCUACAAACCUUCAAAUGCGCAUGAGCUCGAAGCUGUAGAGCCACCGACACCCGAACUCGACUCCAUCCCAUUAGCCGUACACGAGGUUUCAGGGGACUCAUCAUAUCCGGUUGAGCUUCCCGGCUCACCUGUAACGCCUCAACUCGCUGAAAACGACAGGCCAGAAUCAGAAUUUCCCGAUCGUGAAAGACGAGACGCCAAAAACGUUCCUAAAAUAUGCGUUACUCCACAAUCACUACAAAUCAACCGGGAUCCUGCCUGCGCUCCGGAAGUCAUACCUGUAGACUCGCCAUUGAGCCCUCUUAGCCCACUGGGAAACGGGAUCUACCAGCCUCACGCAGCUGCAAACAGACAGGAUCCUGGAGAACGUCUUUCAUCGUCUACGCCGACCCACGGCAGCAGUGCACUGGAUCAACCGACCCCCAAGACUACGACGAGGUCACGAGGCAAUUCGUUCUACUACAUCGAGGACAGAAAAGUCCGACUGGACUUUCGCCAAGCAAGUGAACCUCGACUAAAUCCUGGGAUGCUUCCGAAGCUUCACACUCUCGUUCUAACAGACGUGCCGACCAUGACCAGCGAUAGGAAAAUCGUUCAUCGGAUUAUACAGUUCAUCAAGGAUGCAGCCGAGGAGGCUUCAAUCGCCAAGCAACGGGCCAGGCACACUUAUGUGCUACCGCCAGGACGUAGGCGUGCCAUAGCAGAAGAAGAGUAUGCACGAAACCAGUUUGCCCUUCGGAGAGUAGUACUUGAGAUGGCGGCCCCACAGUCAGCGUCUAAGAAGAUCUCUACCAGUUGGCGGGCUUAUCCAACAAAGUCAACUACUGAAGAUGCGGACUCUGAAGCAUUUUGGGAGGCAGCAACGCAUGACUUCUCCUUCUUCGAUGACGAAGAGUGCGGACAGCCUGGUCGUGAGCCAGGCCGCACUCUGCCCUUGGCAGCUAUGAGCGGAUUGGAGCUUGCACCUAGCAAUCCCGUCUUACCAGUAGACACAAGUAAGAAUGCUCAUGAUACAAUCCCGCUCAUCGAUGUAGUGGGUGAGAUUGGCAAGUUUCGGCGAGAAAGGAAGGCCACAUACAAUAAUUUAGUGGAGAUGGGCAAGGCUGAGCCCGAUGUAGAGGGGUACUGGCCUGGGGACAUUACAGUUCUGAGGAAGCCAGUGAACUCAGAAGCUGGGGAACUCGACUGUUAUGGCAACCGGUAUGAACUGGGUUGGUUCUAUCGUUGA